AUGUCGAACCGCAAACACCGGGACAACCAAGAGAUCUGCUCCCGUAAGGUCCGUGAGCUGGCCCAGUCCGGAGUAAACAAACACUGCUUCGAGUGCAGCCAGCCCGGGGUCACAUACACGGACGUCACGGUGGGCAGCUUCAUUUGCACGUCGUGCUCUGGAAUGCUGAGAGGCCUCAAUCCUCCUCACAGAGUCAAGUCUAUCUCCAUGACAACCUUUUCGCAACAGGAAGUGGAAUUCCUGCAAAACCAUGGCAAUGAGGUUGGGAGGAGGACGUGGCUGUGUAUAUUUGACCCAAAGACGGACAGCUGCUCCGACAUGAAGGACUCGCAAAAGUUUAAGGAAUUUCUUCAAGACAAAUAUGAGAAGAAAAAAUGGCACUUUUCAAAAUGUAAAAACCGCAGGGACGUUGAGGGUCCUUGGAGUCCAGUUCCAUCCAUGCCUCCGUCUCUUGGUCCUUUGACUGGGCAAGGUCCCACCCACAAUGUCAGAGCUCCAAGACCACUGUCCCAGGCCCAGCUACCCCCCUGGGACCGGGGCCCUGCCAUCUCGCCGGCCGACAUGCGGACAGACGCCUUCACCGCACGGCCGCUGCGAUCACAGAGCUUCAAAGACCCUCCCCUCAAAGAUGCUCCUCUGUGCGGCAUCGAGAGACAGCGGCCCGGCUCUUUGUCGUCAGGUCUGGGAAGUCACGCCCCGUCUUUCCCCGCCCUCCCUCGGCCUUCAGCCAGUAGCUCCUUCAAAAACCACUUCACUUUAGGUCGCACUGUGUCGGUGUCUGGGAGCACUGGGCCCUUCAGAGCCUUUCCCAAGUCUCUGAGUUUGGACUUUGGAGGUCUGAGCCACACACAGACACCAGCCCUGCCCCACUCCCUGUCCCAGCCUCAGCAGCAGCAGCCACAGCAGCAGCAGCAGCAGCAGCAGCAGCAGCAGCAGCAGCAGCAGCAGCAGCAGCAGCAGCAGCAGCAGUCGGGCUCCCUGGGGCAGAACACACCCCCCCUCAGCAUCGUCAGAAAUCAGGACAAGUACGCCGCCCUCUCCCAACUGGACAUCGUCUUCUCUGACUUACCUGCACCCACGCAACCAGCGCUCCCUACUGGUGGACCUCCGCAGUACAGCAGCCUCUUUGGGAACAGGCUUUCCUCCAGCUCCACUCCUGCCAGCUCCCCCGGCAUCGAGACGGUCUCCGGCUCACAAAGCUUCACAAAUUUCCCGAAUCCAUUCAGCUCCGGUUCGUCCUCCCAGCAGCAGCCUGCCGCCCUCUCCCCCAGUAACCCCUUCAGCAGCGCCUCCGGAGGAGACUCCUUCGUCAGCUCUCCCACAUCAGUGUUCCCUCCGCCUGUGCCCUUCCCAGCUCCCACCUCCAACAACGUGUUUCACGAGACAGAAGACAAACAGGAAACCAACGGUUUUGUCUCAUUUUCCGUCACCGACUCUGAGCCCAAAGUUCCACGGUCCAUGUCGGUCAAUCCUUUUACAGGGAACAUUUACCCCAGUCGAGGAACGUCAAAAAACCCUUUCAUCUGA